GCCGAGGUGCCCGGUCCCCGGUCCCCGACGGCAGAGGAGCCCGCGCGGGAGCACAGAAACAAAAACCAAGAAAUGCCUCAUUCCACAAACAAAGAACUGAUCCUUGGCAUCAUGGUGGGAACUACUGGAAUCAGUUUGCUUCUUUUGUGGUACCACAAGGUUUGUAAACCAAGGACAACAAUGAAUUUAUCUAAAUUUCUUUCUCUGGGUGAUGCAUUUGAUUCGGUGACUUUGCAAGAUGAGAUGCAGAAGGACCAAGGAACAGCAGCGAUCUUUCAAGGAAGGCAGCUUCAGAUACUGGAGAAGUUAAACGAAUUACUGACAAAUAUGGAAGAACUCAGAGAGGAAAUCAGAAUUCUUAAAGAAACCAUUCCAAAGCUGGAGGAAUGUGUCCGUGGUGAACUUGGAGGAAAGACAAGGAUUAGUCCUCAGCACAGAGCUAGGAAAAGAAGGAUUGCCACAGUUCAAAGUUCAGGAACAAGCAAUAGUUCAGAGGAAGCGGAAAGUGAAGGAGGCUGCUGCAAAAAGGAUCAGAACUUCCAACAAAAUUGCCCUGCAGAUCAAGUUACUUCAGACCCACUGCAUCAUGGGACCUCUUCUGUUUCUCACCAACCUAAAUUUCUUAAUCUCCCUACAAACCGUCCUAAAGUACGAAAAGUCAGUAUACGUAGAGGAAGUAAAAAUUUUACUACUUCAUCAACUAUAUCUGCUUUCUCGUCUCCCUCCAAUAGAAGACAGUCUUUAUUUGGUAAAUUUCAGAAAAGCAGUGGUUCCCUUCAGCGUCAACCAAGUAGAGCUAACUUUGAUUCUGAAGACAAAAGCAGCAUCAGUGACAUAAAAAUUUCCUCAGAACAUUUUGCUUUUAGAUCCCGGAGACCUUUCUCUACCCCUAAACUAAGUAUAAUUUCCUGUUAUGAAAGUGCUAUGUGGUUUGAUCUUCAAUCAAGUAGUGAGAACAUGGUGGAUCCAAGUGAAAUUGAAGUAGCUUCUAAAAUCUCAAGUACUGCUGUGGAAAAAUAUCUAAGUUCUUGUUCUCCUGACUAUAACACUAAACAUUUUAUAAAUUUUGAAACCAAAGUUCAUUCCUCGGCCAACCCGACAGGUGCUGAUAGAGAUCACCACCGGCGAAGCACAGCAACCUACCUUUCUCUCCCGACUCUCAUUUCCCAUUCUUAUCUGCAAAGUGACAUUGCCAGUGCCACACAGGAAGGAAGCCAGCCAAAGGAAGAGUUCCUUCCUGAUGAUUUUCAAAGUCACAGUGCAAGUCGACCCUCAGCUGUGACCUCUGGAAGCGGGACUUCUGUCCCCCAUAAUGUUGCAUUUGCUUCGUUUUAUAAACACACUAGGAGGUUUACCCCACUUCUAAAUGAAGUUAUCUCAGAUUCCUUUGAUGAUGGAAAUAUUGCUAAGUCAUCUCAAGAUGAAGACAAAUCUCCACCUAUUGAAAUUCCUAACUUAAGGUAUAUUACAGCUAGUACUGACACAGAAGAACAGAGUUUUCCAGUCCCUAAAGCACUUAACAUACAUGUUAAGGAAUUAAAUUUAGAUGUCCUUCUUCAGAAGGCAGAUAACUUACGUAUGGACGAGUCUAAAAAGAUGGAGAGUUUUGAACUACUUUGUGACCACAAAGAAAAGUUUAGAGAUGAAAUAGAGUUUAUUUGGCGGUUAGUUCGUGCUUAUGGAGACAUGUAUGAGCUAUCUACAAAUACAGAAGAAAAGAAACAUUAUGCUAAUAUCGGAAGGACGUUAGGUGAAAAAGCUGUUACUAGAGCCCCCAUGAAUGGACAUUGUCAUCUGUGGUACGCGGUUUUGUGUGGCUAUGUAUCCGAGUUUGAGGGCUUACAAAACAAAGUCAACUAUGGAUAUUGCUUCAAGGAACAUCUAGAUAAAGCAAUCCAAUUAAUACCUGCAGAACCCUUUUUGUAUUACCUCAAUGGAAGAUACUGUUAUGCUGUCUCAAAACUGAGCUGGAUUGAGAAAAAGAUGGCUGCUACUCUGUUUGGAAAAAUACCAUCCUCAACUAUACAAGAAGCUUUGCAAAAUUUCCUUAAGGUUGAAGAGCUACAUCCUGGUUUUUCGAAGUCCAAUUACAUGUACCUUUCCAAGUGUUACAGGGACCUUAAGCAAAUAGAGAAUGCCAAGAAGUUCCGUGAUUUGGCAGAGCAGCUCCCUUGUAUUACCAGAGAGGAUAAAAAUGCAGAGGAAGAGGUGCAAAAAAUAAGCAUGGCCUUGAAGAAGUAAAUAAAAGAACUUACUCUUCAACAAAUUAGAUGUGGUCUACUAAAUAUUAAACUUAUUGAAGUUGUGUUUUUUAUUAUCCUCUUUUUAUGUAAGGCUAAUACACUCAGAUUUGAAGGGAAAGCCAUGUUUCUGUAGGAUGCAUUCACUGGUAGCACUACAACACCAAUCAUGUUAUUUGGAGAAUUCUGUUUCUAUAAUGUCAGUACAAAAUGAUCUUUAAAAAUGUAUGAUUUAUAUUUUUCCUAUCAAUAAACGAUAGUCUUCAGAAUCUUUCUUUAAAUAUUUCUUUAAAUAAAAUACUUAAAUCAA